AUUCAAUCACUGUUCGUGAAGAGCCCAGUGACACUUGGAAAACUGGCAAACAGGAUGACUUUUCGUGACCUGUUCUUUGGCUGGAAGGAUUUAGGCCUCGGUUCGUAGACAAAAUCUAAGGCUGAAAACCGGCACUGCAAAUGAAAGAUGCCAGUCAUUGGAUUACGAGAUGCAAGACAUGAGGAGAACAAUUUGAUAUGAUUUGGGAAUGCGAGAGAUUGUGGCUUCGAUCUACGACCACUAUUCAAUUAGAGGAGAGUCAUUAUUCUCUGUGGAUAUAACACGUGGGUGACACACCAACACUGGUUGGGAAGCUCUGAUCCCAGACCCAAGCAACUUCCCCAUUGUUUGACCAGCACCCGCAGCAAGAAGGAACUGAACUGCUUGGAGCCGACAAACACACCGCAACAACAACAGCAACAAUCCCUUUCCUUUAGUCGAACAUUAGAUAGUAGAAACCGCAACAACUAACUGACGAUGGGUCUCCGCAACCGCAAGGGAAAUGACUCGUCCGAUCCCACCACUACGGUGGACCCUGAGCUGAACGAGGAAGCUCAGGACCUCAUGGGCGACCACUUGGAGUUGAUGAAGGAAGUGGUCAUGCGUAUCCGCGAGGACGAAGAGUUUGCUCGCAACAUUUACGCUGACUGUCCUCGUCUUCAGAACUUGUUGGACCGCAACCCUGAUUUGCGUCCGAUUUUCGAGGAUCCCAACUUGGUCCGCAUCAACUUUGAGCAAGUCUACAAGGAUGCGGGAGGUGUGCUUCCCGAGGACGAAAAGUCACGAGCCAAGUGCCUUACUUGGUUCGUUAACUCUCCCAUCUUCAAGGUCCUCCGUAUGCUUCUCAUGGUUAAGAAGGUCAUGGGAUGUAUCGCCGGAGGUGGUAUUGGUAUGGUCACUGGAUGUUUCAUGAGUAUGUUUUGCUGCGGAGAGGACGCUCUCCCUGAUGAUUUCGAUGCCGAAGGAGACGACGACGAUGACGACGGGGGGAACCCCGAAAACGAAAAGAACAAAGAUGCCCUAAACAGCGCCGCUGAUUACAUGGAAGACCCUGACGUCCAGGAACAAAUGGACAAGCUCAUGGAAGACCCGGAAGGACUCGAAGAAGCGAUUGAAGCCGACGAAGAACUCCGUGCCCUCCGUGAUAGUAACCCUCUCUGUGCUGAACUCAUGUCCGACCCUGAAACUAUGAAGAUCUUGACCGACCCUGACAAUCUCCGUGCUCUUGGAGAAGCGCCUGACAUGAUCGAAGCCGACUUUGCCGAUCCCAACUGGUCCGCUCCGGAUCUUGAAAUGGGUGAUGGUGACUUUGACAUGGAUGUUUCUGCUCCCGAAUACGACUUUGAUGCCGAUGUGGAAGCCGAUGCUGACGCUGAUGCCAAUGCCAAUGCUAACCAGCGCGACGCUGAUGUCGACGGCGUGGAAGCUGAUGCCGAUGGUGGAGAAGGCGGUGAAGGCGAAGGAGAGGAAGGCGAAGAAGAAGAAGGAGAGGAGGGCGAAGAAGGCGACGAAGAGGAAGAAGAUGACGCCAUUUGGGAAGACGCCGAACUCGAACAGCAAGAAGGCGGACAAUCUGGUGGACAACAAGGAAACCGUGGUGGUACUGGACCCAAGCAGCAACAACAGCGUCAACAACAGAAUAACGACGGCGGAGAAGGUGGUGUUGGAGGCUCUGUCGCCGCCUGUGCCCGUGAUCUCGCUGCCGGAGCUCUUGUUGGACAUCUUCUCGGAGGUGGAGCCGACUUGUUCGGAGGCGGCGGUGACGAGUUUGAUGGACUCGCCGACGCUGCGGAUGCCGCUGACGGCUUGGAUGGAAUGGACGGCAUGGACGAGUUUGAUGACUUUGAAAUCGAUGACGACGCUCUUGACGCCGUUGAUGAGGCUGCCGAAGAGGCCGACAACGUCGCUGAAGAGGUCAUGGACAACGCCGUCGCUGCCUCCGAAAUGGUCGGAGAUACCGACUUUGCCGAUACCCUCGAAGAAGGUAUGGAUGGUGGAGAAGACGCCAUGGGUGAGCAUGAUGUCGCCAGGAAAGAUGCCGCCAAGGGCGCGGCUGUCGGAGGAGCCGUCGGAGCGACUGCCGGUGGAACCGCCGGUGCAGCCGCCGACAAGAAGGAGGAGGAAGAAGAAGAAGAAAAGAAGGGUGGAUGGUUCGGAAAUAUGGGAUCCGCCGUCUUCACCGCUGCCAAGGAACAAAUGGCCGCCACCCUUCUUGGAGACGAUCUUGCUGAGAUGCUUGUUGAGAAGAUGGAGGAAGAAUCUGAAUCUGAAGAAGACUCAGAUGAUGACAAGGAUUCUGACGAUGAAAGCAUCGACAAGGAACCUGAAGAAGGAGGAGAGGAAGGACAAAAGUCCAAGCGUUCCCUGUUCGCUCGUGGUCGAAACUAAGCAAAUUGUGAUGCUUUUCAUCACGAUGCAUGUUGUCAACGCACUCUCCUGUGUUGACAAAGAGAACGAAGACAUCAAGAUAUUGUGCGCCGUGUUCAGCUUCCGCUGCUUCCAACUCCUGGCGCGACAAACGAUUUUCAAACGCUUCCGACUUCCAGCGUUCAAGAUCAGUAUCAACAAAGCGAAAAUUGAUACCUACUGCAGUAGAGUCCUAGUUAGUAGGGGAAUAAGAAGGAUUAUGUAGACAUAUUUCAUGUU